AGACAGAAGGAUAGAGCGCCGGAACAUCUUUACAGCGCGUCACCAUAGAGUGAAGUUACGGAGCUUUGACGUACGCGCCAGCAGAGUUAGAGUCGUCUGUGCGGCCUGUAACCCGGCAGCAGAGGAGAGAGCCCGGGCGGUGAGUGCAGGCAGUCCGGUGGUGGAGGGGGGGUACACGGUUUACCUUCCUCUAGCUGACACAUAUCGGCAUGAGCGGCCGCAGAGAUAUUAUGGAGCUUCAUGUAUGGUGCCCUGCUGGGCUUCACAUCAGCCAUAGCUGCCCUGCAGAGGAGGGAGCAUGCUUAACAAGCUUCCUUAUUCAAUGUGUCUCUCAGUGUAUUCCCAAUACAAUCACCGAUACAGAUAAAUGUGACUACAUAUGGGAUCAGCCAAGUAAAUAAAUAAAUACAAGUGGUUUGAACAGAGUGUAUAUUGCUGGAUUAUAAAUGAGUAUGGCAGUGUACAUGUUAAGUUGUUUUUUUUUUCUUUCACAUAUUGUAAUUGUAUGUAGGUUGUGUACAUUAUAUAUGUUUAAACUUUUUCAAUAAAACACUGUUUUCAGGGAGAGUUUUCUGUGUAGUGCUCAUAACUGUGUCCACUGUUUGAACCAAUUUAUUUUAAUAUCAUGUGUUGUUUUUUUUGUUUUUUUUCUUGUCUGUGAAUCACAGGUCUGAUACACCACCGUGUCUGGCACAAGACUCUACCUAUCCCACCCCCUGUUAACAAUGCCAGCAGCUGUGGUGGAUAAUAGUCAAGUGAUCUGUGAAGUAUGGGCCAUCAACCUGGAGGAGGAGAUGCGUAAAAUCAGGGAGCUUGUCCGUACAUAUGGAUAUAUAGCAAUGGUAAGGCCAUAAUGCUAUCCUACUGUCACUAAUUAGCAGUGGGGGCUGAGAGUGUCAGCUGCCACAAUUAGUGCCACCCAAAUUGACAUAGCUAAUUCAGACAUGUAAACUCUACAGCAGAAAUGUGUUUGGGGAAAUUUAUCAGUGUUGACAGCACUUUUUUUUCAUUGUAACUGUCUGCAGUUUUUGGUGCCAACAUAUUCAAAGAAAAUCCUUGGUCAUAUUUAUAUUAAAUUGUAUAUAAUGUUAAAUGUGACAAUAUAGAAGUCAAGCAGCAGCGAUGCUACUAUUCUGUAUUAAAGCUAACCAUAUCAGUGUUAAAGGGACAACUUAAUGAUGUUCUGGUAAGUAUAGCCUGUCCCUGCAGCCUUUUUGCUGUAAACACUGCCUUUUCAUAGAAAAGACAAUGCUGCCUAGGCAGUCACUUAGAUUUCCACUAUAGGUUCUUCUUGGGUCAGUUCUGCACAAUGUGCAGCAGUGCCAUUCUGCAUGGAGACUCUGAAUUUUCCCCAUAGCAAUGCAUUGAUUCAACGUAUCUCUGUGAGGAGAUGCUGAUUGGCCAGGGUGAUGUUUGGCCCGGCCCUGCCCUGCCCCUUGAUAAUCUCCGCCAAUCAAAUGCUUUUCUUAUGGGUUGGCUGAGAUCAUCCAUUCUGAGGUUGUCAACCAAGGAGGCGAAUCGGGGGCGAGACCAGCGCCGGCACAUGGAAUUAAAGGACCACUCUAGGCACCCAGACCACUUCAGCUUAAUGAAGUGGUCUGGGUGCCAGGUCCAGCUAGGGUUAACCCAUUUUUUCAUAAACAUAGCAGUUUCAGAGAAACUGCUAUGUUUAUGAAUAGGUUAAGCCUUCCCCCUAAUCCUCUAGUGGCUGUCUCAUUGACAGCCACUAGAGGCGCUUGCGUGCUUCUCAUUGUGAUUUUCACAGUGAGAGCACGCAAGCGUCCAUAGGAAAGCAUUAUGAAUGCUUUCCUAUGUGACCGGCUGAAUGCGCACGCAGCUCUUGCCGCGCGUGCGCAUUCAGCCGACGGGGAGGAGAGCUCCCCGCCCAGCGCUGGAAAAAGGUAAGUUUUUUCCCCUUUCCAGAGCCGGGCGGGAGGGGACCGAGUGUUUUCCUGGCACUAUAGUGGUCCUUUAAGGUAAGUUUUCUUAUCUUGCAAGGGGGGGGAGAUAAGCCACUCUUAACACUAUAGGGUUUAAUAUGUUUGUGUUUCUGACCCUUGUUAGUGUUCCUUUAUUAUAAAAUUGUCAGAGAGCAGUAGACUUCUCCCCCAGAACUUUCCAUGUUCAAUCUCAGAUUCUCUGUUUGAUGUAGCCUGUUGUUAGCUUAUUGACCAUCCUCCUUCUGACCAGUUGUUGGUGAGGAUAUCAAUCAUGGUUGGUGAGAUAGCUCAGUGGGCUAAUGAAUCAUCAGUAGAAUCUGACCCUUGCGGGUCACAGGUUAAAAUCCCGGCAGGCUUGACUCAGCACUUCCGAGGUAGGUAAAAUGAGUACCAUUAAAUUGGUAAUGGUUAAAUCCCCUGGACGUUGGGCGAAAGUAACAUCCCCAGGACUUACUUGCAAACCAGAGUAAUCUGAAUGUACCUUUCCUGGUUAAAUACUUUAUUAUUAUGACAACACUAUAAAAAUAUAACUAUAAUCUGUUUUAGUCUGCAGCCCUCAUUGUAAUGGAAAUUGCAAAAAUGUGAACAGUGUUUUGUUUUCUAGAAACAUCGUUAUUUACAGUAGCAAUGCUGCAAGAACAUUGUCUGUGUCCCAAAAUCAUUUCAAUAAAGGAACACUCUAAGCACCCAUAUAACAUGAGCUUAAUUGAUUUUUAUAUAAUUCUUUUUAUAUAAUUCCCCCUGCAAGAUUAUCUCUCAGGAGUAAAAGGUUUACAGCAAAUGAAUGGCAAUAAGUGAAACGCUGCAUAUGCAGACUUCAGGUACCAUGACCACUUGAAAGUACUGAUGCUUCGAGUAACCCCUUUUAGUUAAAUUGUUUAUGCAGCAUUGAGCACACUUCCAUUGGCUGUGACCUACACACUUCCUGAAAAAGAGGUUAGAUUUGUAGGCUUCCGAAUUGCAGAAUUUUAUUUAUUUUAUUUUUAUUGAGAAGUUCUUCUCUCCUGCUCUGUUAAUGGCCUGCUGGAGUCUACAGCAGCCUCCAGUGUAUGUUUAAAGUUCAACUAAUAGGUUAUAAGAACCUAAAGUAAUCUGUGCUGUAAGGUCAGUUUGAAAAUAAACAAACAUAACAUUACAGGAAAAGCUCUACUGAAAAAUGGGUAAUAAGUGUGUGGGUUAUAAGUUACAGGGUGCUCUUAAAGGAAGAGAAUCUGUUCCCAUACCAGAUAUAUACAUGUAAUAAAAAAUAAGAAAUGAUCCCAAGGCACACUCUGUGGUGUGCCUUUUGAUCAUUUCUUAUUUUUCAUUUUGAAAAUAAAACCUUCUUUUUCCCCAUUAAGGCUUUGUGAGUCACAAGUGGGGAUGCGUAUCUAGGCCUGCAUAAACAAAGUGAUUUAAGAUGAAGUGAUUUUUGUGCUUGAAUUAUCCAUUUAACUGGACACUUAUUUCAUUUGUCUAAUAGAGACAAGUAAUCUAAUUUCACUCUACUCAAGUAUGACACACUACACCAACCACUCAUGUUCAGUAUACAUCCACAUUGCAAUAACUAUUUUAUUUAUAUACAUAUAUAUGCACAUAUUCUAUGCAUUUUACAGUAUCACUGACCUUCUGUUGAUUAAAAAACCAGCAUACAGGGGAUAAUUCAAUCAACCUAGAUGCAAGGAGUCCAAUGCUAACUGACUUACUGGACAUGCCAAGUCCUGCAUCGGUGACUGCUUUGGAGUUUAAAGUCCACUGCAAAGGAAUACAAUCUGGUUCCUGCAGCUCCUGGAAUGCAGAUGAGCAUGCGCUGAUAUCUCCAUUUAUUAAAGUGUUACUCCAACCAAAACCAGUAUUUUAAGAAAACACUGUUUUUGGUUAGAGUAACACUCUCUAUCCAGGCCCACCAACUUAAAAUUAAUAAAGCUAAAAAAAACUGUUUUGUUCAAGUGCCAAGGCCAAGUUCCCCCCUCAGCCCAAUCCUCCUCCACUUACGUUACUCCUUGCUGCUUACGAGGAUAGCCCGGAAUGAUGUGUUGUUGCAUAGGUAGUGCUGACGACAGAUGUCCAAUAUGCAUAUAAUAUUAACUAGACCAUAACUCUUGCAAGUCCUCUUCUGCAACUCUGCAAGAACGUUUGAGACUAUUGCUUUAGUGUAAAACACCAGCUUUUAAAUGGGCGUACAUACUGGAAGCACUGCAGUUUUAGAGCAACCAAGCAUAAAGAAAGCUUAAUUUAGACCAUUUUUCUGCAAUGUUAAAAUUGAUGGCAAGAGCUAUAUAGAGCUACCAAAAGAGAAUGCAAUUAAAUACAGGAUUAGAUAUGUAAUUUUAGAGUUAAACUGCUGAGUGUGCAGUGCCAGUCUCCAUGGCACAGAGCCACUACAUUACGCUGUAGUGGUUUUGGGGCCUCUAGGGUCCCUUUUAAGAGUAUGUGUUGAUUAGACAUCAGUCAUAUUUAGAGAGUUACUCCAAGUACUGUGACAACUUCAUUGCUUUGGGUGGUCAUGAUGCUUGAAAUCUGCAUAUGCUGUGUUUUCCUUUGAAAUACUGCUCAUACAGCGAAUAUUCCCUUGGCUGUCAGCAUCACUAACCAGCCCAGAGCACAGUUCCAAGGUUGGCUCAUGUAACUCUAACCAAAGCCAAUGUUUUAUGAUAACACUGGUUUCUGGUUGAAGUAACCCUUCAAGGUCAUAAUAGCCAAAGUAUAUUAACUGUGGCUGCAUGUAUUCCCUAAUUUAAUGGAGACUUAUUUUAACACUUCAAAUGUAUUUUAAGGAUUUUAUUGCUAUUUAAAUGCCUACUGAUAAAGUUUUUUACAAUUGAGAGAAGUCAAUUCUCUGAAUUAUUUAUAUCCAAACUUGCUGCAAUCUGAUGGUGGGUUUAGUAAAGGUAUCCUAAUGUAAGUUUAGGUGUUGCAUAUGUUUCCAUGCACCAAUAUGGUAAAUUCCUGUCCAGUGUUAAGUGUUUACCAUUAUAGGCAUUUUCAGGGACACUUAAGAAAAUCUCAAAUUAUGGUUGAGUGCAUCAUUGACCGUCCUCAAGCAAAAUAAUUUAUAUCCAUUGCAUGGACAGAUAUAGAUAGAUAAAUACAAGAGGUUGUACUCACCUGGCCAUGCAUACAUUAUAGGGUUCUGGGGUCAAUUCAUUUAAGAUCCAGUGCACUCAGUCACUAAAUAGCAAUUUUGAGUCUCAAAAUCACCUCACCUAGGCAAAAAAUAAUGGGGGCUUAGUUACAGUGUAUGAUCAUACAUAAGCCUGCCAUAACAUCAAUGUACCAAAUUCUUGGCAGGUCCUACUUUAACACCCUAAUAACUGCUCUUAUGAGAUUAAUCCACUUACUUGGGAAUUUCUUUUUCCUGGGACUCUCUGCAAGUCAAGGUUAAAUAGGGCCUUUGAAUGAGGCACCUGUGGCAGGGAGGUGUGCAAAACCGGGGAAUAUAUAUCUCUAUCCAAGAGGCUUCACUCGCCUGAACAUGCAUACAUUAUAAGGUGCAGCUGGGGCCAAUUCAUGCAAUCUCAUAACUUGUACAUUGCCACUUGCAAUUUUUUCAUACUUCUCACAGAUUGGAAGUGUACAUUUUUUAUUUGAUUUGUAAAGCGUUGUAUUGGUUCAGUUCUGUACAGUAGAAUAUUCAAAAGAACACUGCUGAUUUGUAGCAUUGUAAAAAUAUAUUUUUACAGUGACAUGUAAGUUGUUGAAAUAUGAAAUAAUUGUACGUUUUGUUUAUAUAUCUAUAGGAUACAGAGUUUCCUGGGGUUGUUGUAAGGCCGAUUGGAGAGUUUCGAAGCACUAUAGACUACCAGUACCAGCUGCUACGUUGUAAUGUGGACUUACUGAAGAUAAUUCAGCUGGGACUCACUUUCAUGAAUGAGAAGGGGGAGUACCCACCUGGGACCAACACAUGGCAGUUCAACUUUAAAUUUAACCUCACGUAAGUGUGUUUCUCUAACCCCAUAAUAAUGUUAUAAUGAUUUAUAUACCAAAACAUAAAAUUUAAAACAAAAAAGAACAUAAAAGUCCAAAAGCUACCUAAAACAGUUGGAGUUUAACCCAACCUCUGUAAAUAAAAAUAAUCAAUGAAAAGAGAGCCAAACAACCACCUAUAUAAUAUAGACAUUAAAAUAUAGUUAAUAUUAAGGUCUGUGGAGGAUCUCGCGAUGCCAAGAUGUGUCCGGCUUAAGAAAAAUGUUUUGGUUAGAAAUAGAUUAAGGGAAAAGAAAGACAGAGUAGGGAAGAGGAAGUGAUUGGAAAAAGAUAAGUACUACGUAACAGUGCCACUUUUAGCUAAAAUUGUUCAAAUGAUUAACGGGAUACUUUAAGCCCCAGUUUGUAAUAUUAUUAGCUGUUACUUAAUAAACAAAAUGUUUGAGAAUUCCAUUCAAUGCAAGAUGGGUAUUAUUUGAAUUUCUAUUCCCACAGAAUGUUCUUUCCAUUCCAAUUUUUCCAAGGGGUGCAAACUAGAAACUUGUCCCCCUUGAUUGUUGCACAUUGGUUUUUUGCUUAAUCUUUCUAGGGUUAGAUCUGCAUGAACUUAGAAGUGUACUUUACAUUAACUUUGAAAUUCAGCCAAUUAACAUGUUAUGCAAUAACUCUUAAUUUCAUAUAAGGUUGGUACCGUUAGACAUAUAGGCAGGCACCAGGAAAAAAAAAAUACUUAUUUUUGCCAGAAAUAUCCUCUUACUCGGACACUAUUUAUUUAAAUGUCACUGUGCGCAAUUUUUGCCUCUAGAAUAUGUUGUCAAUUACUAUAAAAUUGUUUCAUUAUAAUUUUCCUAAUGAAAAUGGAUGAACUUUCUUGUGCUGGGCAAGUAACCAUGUGGGAAAAAAACAGUUAACCUAAAACAAUUGUUAACCCUUCCUACUUGCCCUAUAAAUGCUGCCUUUCCCAAAGUUACCUCAGUUCUUUCUUGUCCCGCUGACGGAACGGACAGGUAACCCUUUUUUGUCUUUUUCCUAUGCUGGUGAUGCACACGGGUUGCUGCUUGGAGUAGUCAGUCUGAUAGCUCCUUGGAUAGUGAGCUGCGCAGGAUGCUAUCCCUUAACCUCUAAAGGUUAGGGAACGUUGUUUCUUUCUCUGUUUUAUGCCAAUAAGUUAUGGCAAGUUGCAGGUAGGCAGUGCCGGGUGGCAAGGCAAUCACAAGGCAGACCCUAAGCCUACGCACAGCGGUUGAAUUCACGUGCAGAAUGCCUUGUAUUCCACCGAAGUUCCUAUUGUGCUCACACACACACACACACACACACACACACACACACGCGUUCAGAAUUUCAACUCAGGUGUAAAUUUUGAAGAGCCUAUUUAAACUGUGCUGACCUAUUUGACAGCAAGGGUGAAUGUCAUGAUAGGUCCACCAUGUCACCAUCCCCCCCACACGGUUCUGAGGUCUUUAGUAGAAACGUAGAGGCCAAAAAAAAUGCAUAUUCCUUUUUUCCCGCUCUAACCGUAUACCUUCUGUAACUAAAUGCUUUUUUACCUAAAUAGUGCGAAAAUUAGCUUUAGAAGUACCUAUUUUAAUCUUUACUUUGAUCAGGUUUUCUUCUCCUCAUGUGCCUGCAUGUCAUAUCCAUGUCAUAUCCAUGUCAUAUCCAAACUGUCCACCAAUGGCCAUGCUCCCCUUACAGGGCACAUCUGCUUAAUAACAUCUGUUUGGUCAAUACAUUUUUUUUAUUGCUAUGUCUGAGGAGGUACUCAAGCUGUCUGCUCGUUUUUAUGGGUUUGUCAUCAGGUGCCAGAAGGACUUUAUGGCUCCGUUCAUGGACGGCAGAUACUGCAUUUAAAUCUGCAUUGUGCAAAUUAACUUUUGAAAGAAGUAAGCGGUUUGGUGCUUCUUUAGAAGAGAUCAUAAAACAAAUGUUCAAAAUCAGGAAGGCUCUGUUCCAAGAGAAGAGAUAUCUGUGGAAAAGAAGACUCCGAUCUCAAAACCAAACAUCCUUUCCAUAUCAGGACCAUACUCGCAAUUUCCAUAAGUAAAAAGGGACACAACGUUCCAUGACAAGCAGGUCAACAUACAAGAUAAUAGGAGCUAGUUUUGAUGUCAGAAAAGUAGGAGGAAGGCUGCAAUUGUUUAAACAUCCAUGGAUUUUAAGCACAAUAGCAGACUGGUACAAACUCAUGUGUUUGGAAAGACUUGUGCCAAAAUUCCUGGUUUCUUUUUACAUAUCUCCAUUCAAAACAGAUGCGCUUCUAUCAGAAUCCCUGAUACUGUUAAGAAAAGGAGUUAUCGAAAAGGUCCCAAUGGAACUCAAGUCUGUUUUUGGUUCCGAAAUAAUUUUUAUUUCGUCCUGUACUAGAUAUAAAAAGGUGAACAGUUGCAUUCAAUACCAAAGUUUUUAUAUAGAGACCAUUCUUUUUGUCACCCACAUGCUACAAAAAGGCUUUAUGGCGACUCUGGAUUCGAAAGAUGCCCAUUUACACGUUAAUGGUAGACGCGUAAGGUGCUCUAGGCUGUCGUCUUGUGAUGCACCCAUCCUUUUUUUUGGGGGGGGGGGAAGGGGUGGAAUCUUGCUAUAUCCCACUUGUAUUGUCCCCAUAUGCUAGGAAAACCAGAAGUUUUACUUACCUGAAAUUUUUAUUUUUAUUCUUAAUAUAGUGGCAGUACUUAUUUUCUCCCAGUUUCUUUGUUAAAGGACCACUAUAGGCACCCAGACCACUUCAGCUUAAUGAAGUGGUCUCGGUGCCUGGUCCAGCUAGGGUUAACCCUUUUUUAAAUUAUUUUUUUAUUUAUUAUUUUUUUAAUAAACAUAGCAGUUUCAGAGAACUUUAGUGCCAGGAAAACGAGUAUGUUUGCCUGGCACUAUAGUGGUCCUUUAAAGAUUGUGAUUGAUAUAUAUCUCUAUCUCUAAUAUAUAUAUAUUUGCUGCAAAUUUAAUCUGUUUUCUUGUUAUGACUGAGGUAACUUUGGGAAUGGCAGCACUUAUAGGGUGAGUAUAAGGGGUUAAAGAUUGUUUUUACAUAGCUGAAAAGAGACUUGCUUCCAUCAAGUUCAACCUUCCUCACAUUUGUUUUUUGCUGUUGAUUCAAAAGAAGGCAAAAAACCCAGUCUGAAGCGCUUCCAAUUUUGCAACAAACUAUGAGAAAAUUCCUUCUUGACCCCAAAAUAGAAGUCAGAUGUCUCCUCAAGCAGCUAUUACCCCACUAAUUAGAAAUUUAUAACCCUGUAUGUUAUGUUUUUGAAAGUAUUUAUUCAAUUGCAGUUUAAACAUCAGUAAUGAUUCUGACGACCACCUCUUCAGGCAGAGAAUUCCAUAUCCUUAUUGCUCUUACUGUAAACAAAAACAAAGCUUUUCUUUGCCUUAGAUAAAAUCUCCUUUUUUCCAGCCUAAAUGUGUGACCUUGUGUCCUAUGUAUAGCCCUGUUUAUGAAUAGAUUUCCAGAUAAUGGUUUGUACUGGCCCCGAAUAUAUUUGUAUAAUGUUAUCAUUAUCUCAGGUGCCAUUUUUCCAAACUAAACAGAUUUAAUUGUUAAUUUCAAUAAAUUUUGUAGCUUGUCUCUGCACUUUUUCGAGUGCCAUGAUAUCUUUCUUUAGGACAGGUGCCCAAAUUGCACAGCAUAUUCAAGGUGUGGUCUUACCAGCGAUUUAUAAAGAGGCAAAAUUAUAUUUUCAUCCCGAGAAUUUAUGCCCCUAUUUAUACAUGACAAAACCUUACUAGCCUUAGAAACUGCAUAUUGCUGCCCAAUUUGUUGUCUAUAACAAUUAAAGGAACGCAGCUCAUGAAGUGGUCUGGGUGCAAUAUCUCUGUCCCACUUUGUCCUGCAAUAUAAAACCAUGUUUACAUUGCAGUACUAAGACAGCCUCUAGUGGCUGCCUAUCAGACAGCCUCUAGGUUUGGUCCCAGCAAUUGACCAGACUCUGGGUGCCUUAAAUGACGCUGGACAUCCUCACGUUCUGCAUGAGGACAUCCAGCAUCCGUGAAAUCCCCAUAGGAAAGCAUCAAUUCAAUGCUUUCCCAUGGGAGAGGCCUAAUGCGCUUGCUGCACAUGCGCAUUAAGUCGCCCUAUCAAAUGUCAGAGGAGGCAGAGCACUGACCCAGCACCGCGGGACAUCAGCGCUGGAAUUGGGUACAUUUUGUUUUUUUGUUUUGUGGGGGUUUUUUUUUUGGCGGUGCGGGUUAACCUUUGUCAGGGGUGCCCAGAGGGUAAACCCUCAGAUGUUUUUAAAACUGCUUCCAUGAUGCUCUUUGCAGUAUCAUUGGAGUUGUAGUUUUGCAGAGGAACUGCAACUUCCUUUUGGGCACCCCUGCUUUAUGUGCUACAGGCGGUGACCACAAGAAAUGCGGUGGACCAGAGGGCACUAUAGUGUUAGGAAUUCAACUUUGUAUUCCUAACCCUAUUGAUUCCCUUGAAGGUUUUUUUUCUUCACCUCCCACCUCCCCUCUCAACCCUACAAGGUAUCUUGUCUAGCACUAGAAAGUUCAUCCCACUUGUAUUGCCACUAUAAGGAAAAAAAAUUAUUUACGGUUAGUCAAAUUUCUGCUUUUCAGUUUAUAACUACAUUCUUUCUUUUAUUAAAUAGCAGUUGAGUCUAUUGACCACUCAAAAGCACUCUUUGUAUAUUUGUUUAAUUUAUGAAAGAAAUGUAUCACCACCUAAAGGGCAAAUCUUUAAGGACAGUGUAGAGAUUUAUUUCCCUUCUCUAAGGCUCAAAGUAGUAGUUAAUGAUGAGAAAGUACAAAUAGUACGAAUAAUGGAAAGUACAAAUUCUCUAAAUGUUUGAUAAUCAAAGGACCACUAUAGUGCCAGGAAAACAAACUCCUUUUCAUGGCACUAUAGUGCCCUGAGGGUGCUCCACCCUCAUGGCCCCCCUCCCGCCAGGCUGAAGUUGGACGAAGGGGGUUAAACACCUUUUUCCAGCGCCGGACUCCCUCGGCACUGGGGACUCUCCUCCUCCUUUGGACUUCAUUGGCUGAAUGCGCAUGCGCGGCUCUUGCCGCGCGCAUUGUCAUUCCAUAGGAAAGCAAUCUCAAUGCUUUCCUAUGGAUGCUGGCAUCUUCUCACUGGGAAAAUCACAGUGAGAAGCGUGGAAGCGCCUCUAGUGGCUGUCAGUGAGACGGCCACUAGAGGCUGGAUUAACCCAUAUGUAAACAUAGCAGUUUCUCUCAAACUGCUAUGUUUACAGCAGGCAGGGUUAAACUGCUAUGUUUACAGUAGGCAUUAAACUCAAGUGGUCUGGGUGCCUAUAGUGGUCCUUUAAGCUGUUGGCCUCUAGUCAAUAAGCCCACAGGUCAAACGUGUACUAGAUUACAAUUUGUCUUGAUUUAAAAAAAAUGGUUACCAUUUUAUUUUGUAAGCAUAUUAUUAAAUAAAAUGGAACAUGAUGCAUAUGGAUGUACAAUGAUGAUACUUCAUUGAAUGGCACUUUCCUCAUUUCCGGUUACUGCCAUUCACUGGGUAUUUUAAUAGCAUUUUUUUUAUGUCUGAUCCUGUCUCUCUUGAUGCUUUGCAGAGAGGAUAUGUAUUCCCAGGAUUCAAUUGAUCUUUUGGCAAACUCUGGCCUUCAAUUCCAGAAACAUGAAGAAGAAGGCAUAGACACAUUGACGUUUGCUGAGCUCCUAAUGACCUCUGGCGUAGUACUUUGUGAUAAUGUGAAGUGGCUUUCUUUUCACAGGUGAGAGAACUUAUUGUGGCAAGUUUUCUGUUUUAACCUAUAAUGCAAGCUUAUAAAUUGAGGGGAAUGUACACCAUUGCAUGUUUUAGCCCUAAAUACUUGAGCUUGAAAAGUAACUGCGUUUUUUAAUUUUCUAAUUUGUUUAAAUCCUUUUUUUAAAUUUUUUUUAUUUUAUGGAAUCCUUAAAAAAUGUUAACAAUAUAAUGACACUAAAAUGUUACAAUAUUGUAUAAACAGAAAUAAAACUGGGGAAUACUGAUACAAAAUAAUCUGGAAUUGUAUGUAUAAUCUGUUGGCGCUAUAAAAAUGGCAAUAAUAAUAAAAUAUCUUCAUUAAAUUAUUAUGGUCCAAAAUGUUAUAAAUGUUUGAUACAUUAAAUAUAUGUAACCAGUCAAGUUGGAUUCGAAGUGUAAAUUAUUCUUCUUACCUAAAAUAAGCAAUUUUCUGUUGUAUUCUCUGCACUUCUGUUUAAUAAAUAACCACGUUCUAAGUAAUGAGAAGUGAAGAAAAAAUUUAGCACCGCCAAUAAUGUUUGGUUAACUAUUUUGUGCUAACAUUUCUAAAGUAACCGUUCCUCUUUAUUCUAAUUAGGUUCUUGAGCCCUCAGUAAGCAGGAUAUAUUAUUUGCGUUACAAGACAUUGAAACUUAACAGCAAGCUGACACAAUUGGUUGUAUUUAAAAGUGGCAGAUUUUGAAAACCGUAAAGAGGCACAUAAGGCUCUGAUAUGUGUUUGCUGCGCAAUCUGAUAUUUGAACAUGUCACACUAUUGUACAUAACCUUAAAUUGACACUAAUCACUCACAACACUUCAUCUCAGUGACGUGCUCAGGGUGCUGUGGCCUGAGUCAUUUUAAUACUGUACUCUAGUUUUUGAACUCUACAAAACUGUAAUGAUUACAUUGCAGAGUUAAAGGGACACUAUAGACACCCAUACCACUUCCAUCUCAGAGGUGUUCUGAGUGCAGUGACCCAGUCCCCUAAAUCUGCAAUGUAAAAAAUUGCCGUUUUUAGAGAAAUGUUAAGACUGCCUCUUGUCUCCCAGGCACGUAAGAUGAUGCUGGACGUUCUCACACCCUGCAUGAGGACAUCCAGCAUCUUCAAAAUCCCUAAUUAGGUUCCUGUAUCACGGUGAUUUUGCGGGAGGAAGAGCUGGAAGCGGGUUAGCAAAUAAAGUAUUUUAUUUAUUUAUUUCCCUUUCUUGGGCGAGCGCAGAGGGGCACUGUGGUGUAGGGAUACAGUUUUAUGUGCCUAACACUAGUUGGUAUUAAUUUAAGUCCAACUCUGGCAGUCUUUACAGGUGCUUUUUCUGCACUAACAGAGUAAGAGUUGAUCACGUGAUUCCUCCUCCCCCUUCUUCGGAAAGCAUUGUUAUACUGCUUUUCUAUGGCGAAGCAACAAUGCAUGUGGCACUCGCCACACAAAUGCAUUAGGUCUAGGAGUAGCAGUGGAUUGGACCAUCGCAAGAAAUAAAGGGGUAAGCAGGGUGGGACCUGUGUAGAGCUUAGGGUCAGAGGCACUAUAGCGUUAGAAAUAGGUUUAAGUAUUACUUUAAAGUCAUUACUGCAGGAGUAUUUGCCAUUAUGAUUUCCUUUCAUUUCUCCUAAUUUUAUUUUAUUUAUUUUUUAUGUACAUUCCAAAAAAGACAGUUGCAACAGUUUAAGACAACCAAAUUUGUGACACAUAACAGCACCUUGUUUAGUUCCAAAGCUCAUUUAUAAAUUCCAGAAAUUCCACUAUAAAACUGAAGAUUAUUGUUAUGUUAGAGUAAUGGUAAUUAACUUAAAAUGUUUUAAUUGGUUACUUAUACAAUAAACUUUAUAACAGUGGCUACGACUUUGGCUACAUGGUGAAACUCCUGACAGACUCUCGGCUACCAGAGGAGGAGCAUGAGUUUUUCCACAUCUUAAAUCUAUUUUUUCCAUCAAUUUAUGAUGUCAAGUACCUCAUGAAGAGCUGCAAAAAUCUAAAGGUGUGUGUACCCCCCUCCUUUCUCCCAUGUAAAACUUGUAAACAUUAUUAGUACUAUUUCAUUAAACAUUCAAAUGGAAUGAUGACCAUAAUUCUAAGUGACCAUUGUUUAAUGCAAACUGCUAUAGAACAGGAAGUGAGCCAUGUUCUCCUGUUGGUAGUAGUAGAUCAGCAGUUUUCCAUAAACACCUAUAGCACAGAGGUUUAUGGAUGAGUACAGUAGCUACUGUAACUUCCAGAUUACGUGGAGUAUAACUGUAAAGGUCCGUACAGCAGCUUGAUCGUAGGGUUAAUGCUUUCCAUGAGAAGCCAUGCAUGGGGUAACACAGUACGCUCUCUCAUAGAUACCUUGAGGGAGAGAUGUAUUUAGGUUGCUUUUCCGCUACGUUUCAUAUUGGAAGAAGGAUAGUUGUAUGAUGCAAAUGCUUUGCAGCUUCAGAAAUCAUGCUUGUAGCUUACAUGCUUAUUGAAUGCAUCAUGGGUGUGUGUUUUUUUUUAAGUAGAAACAUGCUUCAUUCCUUCAAUUUCUAACUUUUUUAUAUCUAUCUACUCUGUAAAAGUAGGCAGUGGUUUUAUAGUUUUUUUUUUUGUUUUGUUUUUUCCCUUUUUAACUUGGCCAAUAGUUAUUUCAUAUAUCCGAUAUUUUGAUUAUUCCUCCAACAAUGCUGUUUCUCAUCAACUAAUAAAAGCCACAAAACUGUAAAAAAAUGCAUCUAGUAAGCCAACUGCAUGAAGGGAAUUGUUUUAAUGCACAAAUUGCUCAUGUGUGAAAGGAAAACAAAAUGUAAAACUGCUUAAUCAUUUCUUCAAAAAUGUUAAAAUAUUUUUUCAUGUUAAUAGUAGCAAAGGUAAAAUUAGCUUGUCUUUUGGAAGUGCUACAAAUGACUUUGGUACCUGUUCUCUUUGUGUAGCUAGAUGCCUCAUAAGGGCACGUACCUGGAAAGUGUCAUACAAGCACACAUAUGAUCAAACAGAUGUUGAGCAUGCAUGAACGCUCUUAAAGCAUCAUUGGACUGGACUCUUAUUCUUGUAUAUCGUAAUUCCUUUGGGGGAGAAAGUCUUAUAUCUCAACCAGAUUGCAUUUUUACUUGCUCUUCAUUUGGUCUACUAUGCAGGGAGGUUUGCAGGAGGUUGCUGACCAGCUGGACCUGCAAAGGAUUGGUAGACAGCAUCAGGCUGGGUCUGACUCAUUACUGACAGGCAUGGCUUUUUUCCGGAUGAAAGAGGUGAGUGUUUGCUGGCUUUCUAUUGGUAAUAAUUAGACAUGCACAGAAAUAAAGAUAUGUACAACCAAAAGUGCAAAACAAAAAUUACUUAUCUUCAAAUUAUGUUCAUCUUUACACAGAUCACCUGCAAGGUGUUCCUUUUUUAUUUAUUUUUUAGGUAAAACAAUGAGUAAACAAAAGCAGUUUAAAUACAGCUGAUAUGAUCCUAAAACCAAGCAAAACAGUGUGAUAUUGUUUAAAGUUGGAAUAAUCUCUCAAUAUUAUAGAACACUUACGAACUGUCAGGGUCUUACCUGAGGUGGGAGUCCGGUAGGCAUAGAUUUGUGCUCACACUUCCAGAUAAACACAGUCCAAAGUGAUAAGGUUAGAAAUCACCAGGACUAUGAAUCUGUGCACGGGGCUGUGCAUGAAAGGUGGUCCAAUUCGCAGUACAGACCAGGACAUAAGCAGGAGGAUUGUCGAGGAUAAGCCAAAGUCAGAGGAUACCAGAGGUCAGGAUAAACAAGGAGGAAGGUCAAAGUCAGGAGCCAGGGUCAAUCUGGAGAACAAGUUUGAGGAGCCAAAACAGGAACAACACACAAUCACCAGACUCAAAGAACUGACAAUGUUCGCGUGGAGAGGCAGGUUUAAAUACCUUGCUUAUGAGCCAUCUGCCUUAGGUGGAGAUAGAGAGAUAGGAGCAGCCACAAGUAAAGUCCAGCCCCCUAAUGCUGCAGACAAGGCAGGAUAGGACAUCCGGUAGAAACAUGAACUGAAGUGUGGCUCAGAGGCAAGACAGCAGGGCUAAGGCAGCAAGAGUCCAGAGUUCAAAUCCCCUUUUUGGCAAUGUGAAAAUGCCACACCUGGCCGUCUGGAUGUCACGGUGAGAACCGUGAUACAAACUUGCAGAAUUUCAAGCACUCCAAAGGUCUCUUCCUUGAAGGUGGUGAAGAGGGAGGGGGCUAUAGCCUCCUUAGGGUCAACACUCUGUACUGUACUGGUCCUAUAGGAAGUUUCCAUUAUUGGCACAAAACGCAUAGGACCUCUGCAUUUUAAAAUAUAUAUAUAUAUAAUUUAUUUUAAUUAUUAUUAUUAAUGCAAAUCUGGAUUUUUGUCUGGUACCUGUUUGAGAGUGGUAAGCAUAGGGAGUCUAUAGCCCCCUAUUACCUUUGGGGAAGGAACCUUUGUAGAGCUUGAAAUUCUACAAGUUUGUGAGUGUUUUUAAUAUUAUAGUGUGAUUAUUCCAACUUUAAACAAUAUCACACUGUUUUGCUUGUUUAAUUUUUAGGAUCAUAAGGCUUUUCUUUGUACAUUGUUUGCACUGAAAUAUAACUUUAUUGUGCAUGUCAGCAAAAUAUAAUUUAGACCAGUAUUUGUAUAGAAGUGUGGAAUGCAUAACCUUUCAGCAUUAAGAAACAGUGGAAUUAACAAAUCUGUGUCUGGAAGCAUGGCUUUCUCACCUGAAAACUGUUAACAUGCUGUAUUUUUCUAGUCUUUUGAACUUGUAUCAUAACAGACUGCUACAUUAGUUUGUCUGUGAAUCUUAAAUUUGCUUUCUACCUUCAAAACAACUGCGUCGCAUACAGGUUAUGAAACCUUAAGGUGUCAAACUGUAACACCAAAACUAGGCUUAGUGUCUUCCCUCUCCUCAGCUACUGUACUCAUAAGUUGCUGUUGCCUUGGACACCAUGACAGGUGACUGCAGACAAUUGUUCAAAAGCGGUUUUGCUGAGGUGUGUGAAGUAUGGAGCUAUAGAGUCAGGGGAAAAAAACAACUUUGUUUUCCUAGCACUUUACUUUCCCUUUAAUGGUUAUUUCCCCUUGAAGGUACUGAAAUCCUCUUUGCAAGCUAUUUUAACAUAUACCUGCAAUGAAUAAGCACAUUAAAAAUACAUACAUUUAUCCAUUGGGGGUGUAUCUACUAAAUACUUAACAUUUAUUUUAGGAUUUUUAAGUGUGGACUGGUCCUUUAAGCUCCAUUCACUGUCGAAUCUUAUGCUACCUGUAGGAAAUUGUCCCCACUUUUUCAUAGAUAUGUUAAAAAAACCAAAAAAAAAAAAAAACCUGGAAAGUGCAAUGCUGCUUUCAUUUCUAUGUCCAUUAAAAUAUAUUAUACACACACACACAAAUGUAGAAAAUUCCUGCACUCCAAAUUAACAGAAGGUGAUACCUGGUGCUCUGGUAGCCAAAUAAUAAAUAAAAUAAAAAAUACCGGCACUCCAAGGAUUUGCAAAUGGAUUUCUUCUCUAUUCCAAAAUAAUUAGGUCCUUUUAUUAAUUACAAUUUGCUGGACCUGACAACCCACUAUAUUUAACCCUAUAACUUUCCAGGACACCAUAAAACCUGUUACAUGGGGGGGUACUGUUUUACUCGGGAGACAUCGCUGAACACAAAUAUUUGUUUCAAAACCGUAAAAUGUAUUACAACGAUGAUAUCGUCAGUGAAAGUGACGUUUUUUUUGCAUUUUUCACACACAAACAGCACUUACACUGACGAUAUUAUUGCUGUAAUACUUUUUACUGUUUUGAAACUCAAAUAUUUGUGUUCAGCAAAGUCUCCUGAGUAUAACAGUACCCCUCAUGUACAGGUUUUAUGAUGUUUUCAAAAGUUACGGAGUCAAAUAAAAGGCUUGCAUUUCAGUUUUUUCCUAUUGAAAUUCUCCAGAUUGGUUACGUUGCCUUUGAGACCGUAUGGUAGCCCAGGAAUAAGAAUUACCCCCAUGAUGGCAUACCAUUUGCAAAAGUAGACAACCCAAGGUAUUGCAAAUGGGGUAUGUUCAGUCUUUUUUUAGUAGCCACUUAGUCACAAACACUGGCCAAAUUGGCGUUUAAAUUAGUUUUUUGCAUUUUUCACAUACAAAUAUUAAUGUUAACGUUGGCUAGUGUUGGUGACCAAGUGGCUACUAAAAAAAAAAAAAAGACUGGACAUACCCCAUUUGCAGUACCUUGGGUUGUCUACUAUUGCAAAUGGUAUGCCAUCAUAGGGGUAAUUCUCAUUCCUGGGCUACCAUACAGUCUCAAAGGCAACGUAACCAAUCUGGCGAAUUUCAAUGUGAAAAAACUGAAAAGUGUAACAUGCUAUAUUUGACCAUGUAACUUCCCAAAACACAAUAAAACCUGUACAUAGGGGGUACUUUAUUGCAGUAAAAGCAAACUGUAUUAUGACAUUCACAGUUAAAAUGUCACGUAGAAUGAAGAAAAUUUAAAAAAAUCUUAUUUUCUCUAAUUUUUUUUUUUUUUAUAUUCUAUUCAUUUUAAAUAAUGUUCCAUACCUAAAUAUUUGAUGUUAAAUGAAAACCCUGUUCCCCUGAAUAAAAUGAUCUAUAAUAAGUGUGGGUGCAUUUAAUAUGAAAGAGGUAAAUUAUUGUUGAACAGACAUAUAGUAAAAUUAUGUGGUUUGUUUACAUUUUUUUUUGGAUCACAACUUGUACAUUUGGCUGCGGUCUUAAGGAGUUAAAUGAUCAUCUCAUGAUUUUGCUUUUUUGAUUUAGUUAUUUUUUGAAGAUCAUAUCGAUGACGCCAAGUACUGUGGACGACUUUAUGGACUGGGAACAGGGGUGGCACCAAAAUCUAAUGAGGAGGCAGAGGAGAAAAUGAGCAUAAUGUCUCUUAUCAACAAUGGACAGCAAUGAAAUAGCUUCCUUCCAUCUUCAUGAACUCCAGCGACCAGGCAAUGAAUUAUAUCCCCAAAGUAUAAUACUGGGAUUUUGUUGAUUUUUCCUCUUAGACCUAAAGUUAUAAUAGUGGAUCUAAUCUUCAUUGCUUUACUUCAGUGCAUUACUGAAACCAGCAGCAAAGGGAAAAAAUGAACAUUUGGGGUGUGUAUAUACUGCUUCUUUUUGUUUUGUUCAGCAAGUUAUUACAUUUUGUUUUAUAUAUAAUUUUUUUUUAAUUGUAAAAUUAAAUGUCCGCAUCUUAAAGAAAUAGAUCCACCAAACAAUGAUCAGAUAUGCAUAUUUUUUUUUUUUUUUUUACUUCCACAGAUUACCAUUGAUGUGUGCUCAAGAAAUCAUACUAAGCUUUCAUUUUCUAGAACUCAAACUGUGCAGCGAUUUUCAAGAAUGUCAGGCUAGGUAUUUUGAGUGCUGUGCCCAUGCCAAUUUCAGAUUAUACUGUGGAUUUUAAACUGCCAUGAUAUAAGGCAAAUGUUUUGUCCUCCUAUCCAUGGAUUUAACAUAAUGCACCUUUUAAGAUUCCAGAUCACGCAAAGCAGUAGUAGUAGUCAUUGAGCAAAGUGUGAAUUGGAACAGUCAUUUGAGCCUUUGGAGUUAAAAGGACCAUAAAAGUCAGAAGUAAUUGUUAUAACUCGCAGAUUCUCACUGCAACAAAAUGGUAUCUUUUUUUUCCUUGAUGGGUAAAUUGCAGACUUUGUAUGGAUUUUUUUUUCUGUUGUGGAGGAGGAGCUAUUUUGUUCUCUGGAAAUAAAUAUUAGAAGAGGGAGAUCCCAACUCCCAGCAUGAAUGGACAGUACACAACUAAGUAGCCAGCCUUUUCAAAGCCUGUAGUUUAACACAUGAUUUGGAGUUCUAUACACAUGCACUUUGAAACAUUAUGUGCCAAGUUCAAAAUGUUGUUUACGUUACCUGUAUAGUUUAUAUGUUACUUUACUGUUUCAAACACCCAUGUUUUCUACUAGCUAUGGAUUAGAUCAUGGAUUGUUGAUUUUGGCUCACAAUGACUUGACUCCGUAUCUACAAGAUUGCAUCUACAAGAGUCAUUCGAUGCAUACGGAGUUUAAAGAAAUGGUUCUAGAACAGUGGCCCACAUUUUGUUAGAGAUGUGGAUAUGAAAUCUGUAGUUGAGCACAACAUUAUUAUUCCUUCAAUUAGUUUGGUAACUUAAGACCGGAUUCUUUAAAAUGUCCUCUUUGAGUGGAAAAAACCUGCUACAGUAUUUUUGCUGUUGGUGGUUUUCUCUGUUUAAAAAAAAAAAAAAAAAAUGCAGAUCUUAUUUCGAGGAACAAAAUUUUGAUAUAUUUUUCCCCCCCUCAUUUACGUAACCAGUUUUGCAAAGUUGUCAGGAAUUGCAUGUUUUAUAGGGGGCACAGGCAAACCCUGUUCACAGUUGUCAUUUUAAGUACUAAAAAUCCCAAACUUUUCAAACUAUUUUAUCCAGAUUGUAAGUUUAUAUUAUAAUUCUUUUUAAAUUUCCUCUGUGACAAUGAAAUGUGAACAAACACUGCCCUAUCCAAGCUUUAAAAAAAAAAAAAAAAUUCAAUUUUGUUAAUGAUAAAAACAAUUGCUGAAAGCAUUGGAAAAAGAAGAAAAUGACAGUCACGCAGUUUUACCUGACAAAUUUUGUAAUCUAUACUUCAUUGUUGUAAGCUGGAGUUGGCAAUGCGUGUAAAUAUUAUUUAUGUUUUUAAAUUUGUAAAAUAAAGAAUUUUUUUUUAUCAACAGAAUUACGCAUUACAUUUCUAUAUCUCACAUUGUUUUACUCUGGUGUUAAAGCACCAACCUGUUUUUAAAGAAAGAAAAAAAGUAAUUGACCAAGUUGCAGACAGAUGGUCUCUGAAAAUGGCCUGCAGCGUUCUGGGUCUGUUAGUGAUCCAAUUACAUGAAUAAUUAAAUCCUAUGAAUCCUCAGUACAUAGAGUACGUACAGAAUACAGGUACAGAGAAUGGGCCAAUGUUAUGUUCCUUCUUAUACUUGCUGUGUACUGAUAACCUGCUUUGACCAUCAUCCCUUCACUAUAUUAUGAAAUUAUUCUAAAGCAGAUGAGGUCUCUGGCAUGUGCUUUACCGAUCGCAAGGUAAGAGAUGAGAACAUAUCAAACUCCAAUUUUAUUAGUAGUAAUUAGCAUACUUUAAUACAGCCUAAUUAAAUAUACAAAUUAUGAAAAAUAUAGUUUUCAUGUUUUACUGUAAGACAUUUCACGCAUUUUAGCCCUUUGUUGUAUCAUUCAAUUUGCUCUUAUAUUUUUCAUUAAAGGAACACUAUAGUCACCUAAAUUACUUGAGCUAAAUAAAGCAGUUUAGUGUAGAGAUCAUUCCCCUGCAAUUUCACUGCUCAAUUCAUUGUAAUUUAGGAGUUUAAUCACUUUGUUUCUGUUUAUGCAGUUCUAGCCACACCUCCCCUGGCUAUGAUUGACAGAGCCUGCAUGAAAGAAAAAACUGGUUUCACUUUCAAACAGAUGUAAUUUACCUUAAAUAAUUGUAUCUCAGUCUUUAAAUUGAACUUUAAUCACAUACAGGAGGCUCUUGCAGGGUCUAGCAAGCUAUUAACAUAGCAGGGCAUAAGAAAAUCUUAAUUAAACAGAACUUGCAAUAAAGAAAGCCUAAAUAGGGCUCUCUAUACAGGAAGUGUUUAUGGAAGGCUGUGCAAGUCACAUGCAGGAAGGUGUGACUAGGGUUCAUAAACAAAGGGAUUUAACUCCUAAAUGGCAGAGGAUUGAGCAGUGAGGCUGCAGGGGCAUGUUCUAUACACCAAAACUGCAUCAUUAAGCUAAAGUUGUUCAAGUGACUAUAGUGUCCCUUUAAAUUAAAAAAUUGAUUACACCGAUCGUCCUCACACACAACCUUAAUAAGGUGUUUUGAAUAUAUACCAACAUCUUGCCUAAAAAUCCAGUUUCGUCGAGAUUGUUAAAGAGCAACAGUCACUUCCCUGGAUUUUUAAUGUUCACUUAUAUUUAAUUGUAUUUAUAUACAAACCUGUAUCUGUGAGCUGUGCAAAAAAAUAAAAUUUAAAUGUAUAAAGUCACACGUGGUUUUUUUCUUCAUCUUGGCUUCCUG